AUGGCGGUGGCGGUGGCGGUGGCGAUGGCGGUCAGUAAUAACUGUCACAUUUAGAUUUACAGAUAUUUGCACACAGAUCCCUCUGAACACAGAUGCAGGAGUCUAGAUUGAAACGUUUCUAUGAUCCCUGUCCGCAGAGGUUCUUUCACAGACGAUCAUGUUGGAGUUUGAGGCGUUCCUCAUCGUCUCUGCAGACUCUCGUUCUUUGACCGCCGCUCGUCUCCGUAUGUGGGAGUCGGUCUGACUUCCACUUUACUCGCCUGCAGCUUGUUCCAAACACAACCGCAGACUCCUCCCUCACAGAGAACGACCAGCGCUGACCUUCCUUCAUCAGACACCAGGGGAACACGAGAUCAGAAAACUACAAAAACCAGAAUUCAAAGAACGUACCGAGUCAGAUCGAAGACCGCAAUAA